GAUAUAUUGGUUCUGAACUGAGUGCCUGACAACACACAGACUAGUGGCCCUGCAAUGCUAUUGUUUUGAGGUGUGUAUGUGUGUGUGCUUGUGUGGUAUCAUCUUACUUUCCCAGGGGAUCAUCACAUGACUGGUUAGCUUUCUGCUGAUUGGAAGAGAGAACUGGAAAAGACAGGAGCCAGAGUUUCAAAGCUCUGAAUGAAAAACACAUGGAGAGAGACAUAGGAAGGGAGUGAGUGGAACAGAAAGAGAGAGAGAACGAGAUUGACUAAAUCUUGUUCAGUGUAAGAGGGGGAGCACAUUCACACCCUUUAGAGGACUCAGGAAAAGAGUGAGAAUCAGAGAAACACAUUCAGGUAUUAUCUUCAGUCACAGCAAGGCUGCUGGGUUUUCAGUGAGGAGAUUCAGUGAAACAAAUAAACAUGUCCAGCUCAAUCCUGCGACGACAUUCCAGCAAAAAGGGAUUGGAGAACCUCCAGAGGAUCACUGUCCAGCGCAGUCUAGAGGAUGCAGAAGAAAUUGAGAGAGAACAACGACGACGUGCAAGAACCAGUUCGUCUACUGAGCCGUCUCAACCCACUGUGACCCCACAGGACAGCCCUCACACUGCACAGCUUCUGGACAACCAGGGUCAGAAUAAUCUGGUUCCAAGCUGUCCAUUCUCUUUGGAAGAGGACGAAGGCUUCAGUGAUUGGACACAUCUGAACAGGCGCAAACAGGGACAAAUGGAAAAUAAAAAUGAAGAAACACAUCUCAAUGGCUCCCAUCACUCAAAACUGCAGCUUUGUUCCAGCUCUGGUCAACAAAGUAAACUGCAUGAUAUCAAUGUGUUUGACAGCACCCCAUUCAUACAGACCCGACCCCCUCUUUCAAAUCAGCAAAACCUGGAUGAGGAUGGUGAUGAUGAAGACUGGGGUGCCAGAGAGCGGGAAAGAAGAGAUAACAUUAAUGCAGCAGAGAGGGAGGAGGGAGAGACUGGAUGGUGGUGUGCAGAGGAGGAAGAUCCAAGAAGGGUGGAAGGACGUGAGUCAUCUUUCUGGAAAAAACAAAAUCAGAGCUGUGACAUGGAUGAGAAGAGAGAAAAGAAGGCAGAGAUGAAGAUUUCCUACACCUCUACAGUCCUCCUCCAACAGAAUGGGAGACAAUACAGUACUAAUGGACAAGAGGGGAGGAGAAAAAAUGACAGAGAACUAAAGAUACAAAGCAACAUGGACUCUUCAGUCGAUUCAGCAGCUCUCAGCAGUCCAGAGAGUGUGUCUGAGGAGGUGUUUGUGAAGAGCGGUGAGGAGGACCAGGAGCACAGACAGGAGACAAGAGAUCAGACUCAUGAGGAGGUGCAGAGGAGGAUGAGAGAGGAGGAGCGAGAGAGGAAGAGAAGGGAUGUGAUGGAAAAGCUGAAGAGGUUGAGUAUAUCCAGUGGAGAUCCAGAGGAGCCCUUCAGUCCUCUCAGCCCCAGGAGCCCCUCCUACAUGGCUGAGGGUGAGGAGUGGCAAUCAGAAGGUGCAAGCUCGUGUUCUGAUAAAACUCAUCCUGAUAUACUGUACAACAUUUAUAUUACUGAGAGGACUGAGUCUCUAAACCGCUCCGUUAAAAAAAAGAACAGCAUAAAGAAGACCCAACCUCCCACGAUCAUCUCGAAGUUAGAUGGCAGACUGGAGCAGUACAAUCAUGCCAUUGAGGAGUCCUGUAAAGAGGGCAAUGUAGUCAAGGUAAUGGACGUCCCAACACCACCAGAACCCGUAUCUGCUCGGAAGACCCUGUUUGAGGCGGGAGAGGCCUGGAAUCAGAAUUCAACAAAGGCUGUGUCCUCCAAGGAUACAGAGGGAAUGAAAGUGGGUGUGGCAGAUCUAAUUAACCAAUGGGUGAAAGGAAACAGCGACGUCAGCACCAAGAGCCCCUCCUCCAAAGCAUCUUGUCAGGAUGUUAAAGCUGGUGAGGUGCGUAACAUAAAAUCCUUAUGGGAGAAUCUGGGAGACGCCUCAUCACAGGAUAAACCAAAUGCAAAGGGAGUGGCUGGAAAAAGGUGCAAAUUUGUUGAGAGUGGGCACGGGAAAUAUGAGAAGGUCUUCAUAAAUAACGACACAAACUGAAGAACAACUGGCUUCUAAUCACAAAGAUGUCUGAAGACAGGAUGCUGAUAUGAUCAUUGUCCUUCAGUUAUUGCACUCUAAAAAAUGUAAACCCACUAAAAUU